AUGGCUAUAAAAUGUGGUGCGAAGGUCCCACGGCGUGGGGUUGGUGCACCGGCGCCAGAUAGAGAGCGAAGUCUCGGAACUAUCAUUAACUGCGAUCUCUUCGCUACGCUGGCCAGCUUUUGGAAAGAUUCCGCAAUGGUCAACGUUGACGAGGAAUAUGACCAGCUUGUUGAACACCUUUACAACUGCACGAGGAAGACUAAGAGUUUUAAAAACACCAAGAGACGCCUGUCUCUUGAAACUCUUGAGCUGAUACGCCAAGUGGAGCCGCACGAGCUGCAGGGAACCAAGAACUCCGAGCUGGCAAGGCUUUGCAGAGAGGCGAUAAAGGAAGGCCUUAAAGAGAGAAGAGCAAAAGUGCUGGCUGAAGCUGCAGAAGCGGGAAGAAGCAUCAGCUAUGCCCAUCGAGACUUCGCCAGUCGCAAGGCGAGGAUGACUGCUCUUCGGAACCCGAAGGGAACAACCAUUGCAUCGAGAAGGGUAAUGAAGAAAAUCAUCCACGACUUCUACUCUGAUCUCUUCGCCGGCCAUGUCCACUUGCCUCCUCAUCAUCUUAAGGAAGACGAACAUGUCAUUCCAGAUUUCUCCCGUCCGAAGUACGACAUGCCAUUAUGUCGGAUAAAAAAAGUCUUAGAUGAAAGAGAACCAUGCGAGCAAGCUGGGUUUCAAAAAGGAUUCAGCACGAUUGAUCACAUUCACACUGUUUCUAAACUCAUCGAGGUAUCACGAGAGUACAAGAUGGCGCUCUGUCUCAGCUUCAUCGACUUGGACUUGAAGAAGGACUUCGACUCAGUUGAGACAGAAGCGGUCGUGGAAGCCUUGGACAACCAAGGCGACCCUACUCAGUGUAUAAAGGCACUUCGAGAGUUGUGCAGUAAAUUAACGUGCAGAAUUUCGUCAUUGUACAAGAACAUCAUCAUUGACGUAAAGAGGGGUCCGACAAGAUGA